AUGAGUGGGCUUCUGUUCCUCAGCCUCACCGGAGCACAAGACCUCAAACUCUUUCCGGAACACUUUGUGGUGGCAAAAAAGAAUGAUGCAAAUCCAGUCACGCUGACCUGCCGUACCAAUAUCGAAGGAGAUGUCAGAUGGACAUUUCAGCUGGAGGAUGUCGACAUUGAGGAUAAUAUCCAGCAGAAUGGUCUGAAUCUCUCCGUGUCAGUGGUAGAUAUACCCAUGUUGGGAAAAUACAGCUGCUGGAGAGGAGAAGAAAUGUUAUCAUCAACCUAUCUGCUGCUGGAGGCUGAGGCGCCUGGUAAGAUGCUCCGGUUUCAAGAUUAUCUCUCUUGUCGGGCUAAGUCUUAUGACUGUAACUUCAGCUGUGUCUGGAUCGACAAACGACAAACCGCAGUGCGCCUUGGACAAACUGCAGUGCGCCUUGGACUGGGCCGUGAAUGCAGUGAAGGUGGGAAGACGUGUGAUUGGGUCAGCAGUGAUCAGCAAGAUGGGAGAUUCCAGUUUGAGCUGAACCACUCGUUCUCACCCUACACUGAGGAAAGCACCCAGCUGGAGGUCACCGUGGAGGCCAUCGUUGAAUUCUUCGUCCUCAGGAAGACCAAGAGAUUUUAUCUCAGAGACAUCAUUGAACCUGACAGUCCCAACAUCGUGAGGUGUCAGGAGGGGAAGGAGGACCUGACCAUUACCAUCGAUGCACCGUCCAGCUGGUCCACUCCGCACAGCUACUUCAGCCUGGAGCACCAAAUUGAAUACGUUUUAAAAGAUGAUGGCAAGAUUGGACGUUCUUCUUCUGUUCUGAUACCAAAGAGGAUCAGCAAGCUGAGGGUUCGCUCCAGAGACGCAAUGGUGCUCUCAGCCUGGAGCCAGUGGACUGCCUGGAAAAAUGUAACCUGUUGA